UUGUGUUUGUUGUAAUGGGGAUCGAAUCAACGUACGGGAUUCACCAAAACGCCUAUAUCAAGCUGAUCCUCCACGCGCUGAAGCACAAAACCUCAGCCGUCAACGGCGUUCUCCUCGGCCGCGUCUCCGGCGAUGACACCGUGGAAAUUGUGGAGUCGGUUCCCUUGUUCCACUCCCAAAUCGGGGUCCUUCCUCCCCUCGAAAUUGCCCUAAUUAUGAUAGAGGAGUAUUAUUGUGAUAAAGGUUUAAUUAUUGUUGGAUAUUUUCAUGCCAAUGAGAGAUUUGAUGAUUCUGAGCUCGGAAAUGUUGCUAAGAAUAUUGCAGAUCACAUCUACCGGUAUUUCCCUCAAGCUGCUGUGCUCCUGUUGGAUAACAAGAAGUUUGAAGCUUUAUCAAAAGAGGGGAAAGACAGGAGUCCUGUAAUGCAG